AUGCCGACCGUGUGUCUUGUGAGAAACUGCAGCACGACGUACCUUAGUGCGCCCAACGUAAGGUUACAUUACCUGCCAGGCGAGCAACACCGAAGAGCCCUGUGGCUUCGAGCCAUUGGCCGCGACGGUCCGGACGACAUCGGCGACCGCGUGGGUCACUUGUGUUCAAACCACUUCCUUCCGGGUGACUACGAGACGAACAUUCAAGUGCGGCAAAGCCUCGGCCUAGACACCAAGCACGCACGUCUCAAGUCAGACGCCGUUCCAACACAGAAUCUGUGGUUCAACUCGCCGCCCAGAAAACGAAGAAGGUCUGAGGAUACCUCCGACUGGUCGGACGAUGUAGACGUGGUCGUCGAAGCGUCAACUUCGCAUCGAAUGGUGGACGGCUGGGCACAAACAACAAAAAACGUCGUUACGGCUUCCUGCCAGACUGACGGAGGCGACGUGCAAACGCGGUAUACACAGGCAAACCUUACUGCUUGUGCAAGGAAAUGCGUGCAUGUCCAGACUGAAGACAGGACCACUCCCAGUACUGCCCCUGUCUGCACUGCAAACCCUUCUCCUCCUCCGUCUUCUCCUCCUCCCCCUCCU